AUGCCGGUCAUUGCACAGGUUCUUCAUGCGUUCAUUGACAUCGCUUGUGUAGAAUUUAACCUAUCUGAUCUUGUAGCAUACAAGUUACCAUCAUCGCGUAUCGUGUUGGUGGCCAUAAUUCAGAUGCUUGGAUGUUUGUGGCCGAUGAGAGUACGGAAUGAGUUAUUGCAUUUCUCACAUAAAUUGUUGGUACGUCUCCAUCUAUGCUGGUCUGAAAGACGUUCCACGCCCGAGGAGGGAAUAUGGGAGGUCGGCGACGUAGUGCAACAGGGGGUAGUGGGCCAACAGGAUCGCCGGCUGGUGGAUGGAUACGUCUGUUGUGUAAGCUGUGGUGAAGGAACAAAAUCUAGAACCAGAAUAUGUAAAGAUGGAGAAAGGUGUAAAGGGGAUUCUACAGAAACAGAGAAGUGCAAAGGAAAAGAUUGCCCAAAAUGGAAUUCAUGGGGACGGUGGGGUUCAUGCAGUGUAACCUGUGGUGAAGGAACAAAAUCUAGAACCAGAAUAUGUAAAGGUGGAGAAAGGUGUAACGGUGAUUCCACAGAAACAGAGAAAUGCAAAGAAAAAGACUGCCCAGAAUGGAAUUCAUGGGGACGGUGGGGUUCAUGCAGUGUAAGCUGUGGUGAAGGAACAAAAUCUAGAACCAGAACAUGUAAAGAUGGAGAAAGGUGUAAAGGGGAUUCUACAGAAACAGAGAAGUGCAAAGGAAAAGAUUGCCCAGAGUGGAAUUCAUGGGGACAUUGGGAUUCAUGUAGUGUAAGCUGUGGUGAAGGAACUAAAUCUAGAACCAGAAUAUGUAAAAAUGGAGAAAGGUGUAAAGGGGAUUCUACAGAAACAAACAAGUGCAAAGAAAAAGACUGCCCAGAAUGGAAUUCUUGGGCACAGUGGGGUUCAUGCAGUGUAAGUUGUGGUGAAGGAACAAAAUCUAGAACCAGAAAAUGCAAAGAUGGAGAAAGGUGUAAAGGGGAUUCUAAAGAAACAGAAAAGUGUGAAGAAAAAGACUGUCCAGCCGAGGCCACAGUGGAGGAAUGGGGAGCAUGCAGUGUGACCUGUGGUGAAGGUGUAAAACUCAGAUCAAGAAAAUGUGAAAAAGGAAAAAAAUGUAAAGGAGGACAUACUGAAAGAACCAAAUGUAAACAACCAAAAUGUCCAGAAAAGCCCCGAAUAUCAUGGUCCCACUGGAGUGCAUGUUCUGUAACCUGCGGCAAAGGCGUGAGAACAAGAACACUAGCAUGUCAGUUCCGUAACAGAACACGGUCAGAAGACUGUACUGAAAAACUCAGGAAAAAAACAAAGCGGAAAAAGUGCCUGGCACUUUGCCCAAAUCUGUCUGACAUACGCAAGCUGAUGAAGAAGAUGCCUCACGACAAGGACCUCAUGCGAAUCGAGAAGAAGAUGAGCAACAAGAAGCUGAAGGAAGAGGUUUUCAGUGCCAGAGAGAUGGAAGACCAGGUUGUCACGGGUUACGACUUCUCCUACGAUGGCACCAGUCAGUGGGUUGUGGACAGGCCGCUGUCGUGUGCCGUUCGUUGCCUCCAGAUGUCAGGUGCAUGCAAGUCUUUCAAUUACCACGAAAAGAAGCCAGGAGAGAAAACGUCAGUUUGUACAAUGAAUACUCUCUCUAGUGAGGAUGCCAUCCAGAAGAAUGCUUUACAAAUAGCAGACGGAUGGAAACUCUUUGAUUUGAUGCUGUUCUUUGAUACAGAUGUUUAAAAUAAUGGGUAGUGAGAAAAUUAUUAAAUGAUGUUCUUUGAUACAAAUGUUUUAAGUAAAAACAGUGGGGAAGUAAUUGAAUAAUGUUCUUUGAUACCUAUGUUUAAAAUAAUGAAUGACUGGAAAUUAAUUUAAUCAUAUUCUUUGAUACAGAUAUGAUACAGAUAUAAACACAGAAAAUAUAGAUUUGUACAUCUUUUGGAAAGAUGCCAUCAUUAAAUCAGUGACAUCUCAUGCAAGAAAUAACAAAAAACUGCAUGAACAGUGUUAAAUAAUAUUGUCAUUACCAUCACAAACUAAAUUGGAUGUUUUGAUUUUUAUUUAAUAUUGAAAUUUUGAUUUCUAUAGACAGCAAGAAGAGCAA